AUGUGGUGGAAAACGUCUCAAAGUACCCCCCAACGUGCAAAAAACUGUCUCACGUUACCCUUUCCGUCAGUUUUUUUGAAGUUUCGUUACGAACGUUACUGUUCAUCUCCCCCAAAAUUCCAGAACAGCAGCUCCUCCCAUUUGUUACUGUUCAUCGCACCAGUUUUUGGGCUGCCAUCGCCUCCUCCGGCCACCCCAAGCGACGAAAUGGAUAUCAAAAGAACCAGCACGUUGUCCUCUACCACCCUCACAUCUCAGCCGCUGCCAACCGUCGUCUGGAUCACCGAAAAAAGCAAGAAAUUGGCUGAUUUUUACCCAAAAUCUCCAUUGCUCGUUCGGGCGAUUCCGAGCACCAUUUUCUUCGAUCCAGUAACAAAAGGGAAGGGCUACUGUUCUGGAAUUUUGGGGGAGAUGAACAGUAACAUUCGUAACGGAACUUCAAAAAAAACUGACGGAAAGGGGGGCAUGUACAUAAUUAUUCCUCUCAUCUUACCAGAGAGAGAUGAUUCAUGUUCAGCAUACAAGUCUGCACUGCAGGAACAAUUAAUGGAUACCGGUACAGCCGUAGAAGCCUCCCCUCCAACCUUUUCAUCCUCUUCAUCCUCUUCAUCCUGCUCCUUAGACGAUGAGACGUACGAUGUGUUCUUGAGCUUUAGAGGUGAAGACACACGCAAGACCUUCACGGACCACCUCUACUGGAGGUUAAAAUAUGCCAGAGUUGACGUCUUUAUUGAUGAGAACGAACUAAGAGGGGGAGAAAUUAUACCAGACGAACUCAAUCAAAUAAUCCAGCGAUCCAGGAUCUCUGUCAUCAUCUUCUCAAGGAGGUAUGCGGAUUCCAUAUGGUGUCUUGAGGAGCUGGAGAAGAUCAUGGAGUGUAGAAGAACACUGGGGCAAAUCGUUUUGCCCAUUUUCUACGAUGUUGAUCCUAGUGAUGUCAGGGAACAAACUGGUAGUUUUGCAGAAGCAUUUCAGACACAUGAAGUGCGCUCCCAUGGAGUUAAAGAUAAGGAAGAAAAGAUACAGUCGUGGAGAAAGUCUCUAACUGAAGCUGCAGAUCUGGACGGCCUGGUUUUUAGCAAGAUUGAUGGGUAA